AUGGCUCCCCAACAGUCGCAUGCCCUAGCAAAGCGGUCCGACGGCCAGCUCAUGCCUCCACCUCCACCUCCCAAGCGCAUCAAACGUCCCACAACAGCCCUUGAUGAAGAUGUCUACACUGAUGCCCUAUCGCAUAUCAUCGCUCGGGAUUUUUUCCCGGGCCUUCUCGAGACCCAUGUCAAGCAAGAGUACCUUGACGCCCUUGAAUCCAAAGACAAAGACUGGAUCAUAAGUGCGAAACAGAAACUUACUGAUACCAUGCGAACUCCUACGCCCGGCUCGAACACACGACGCAGAACCGGCUCGGUAUCUCUUCUCGGCACCCCUCAACAUAUUCCCGCUGGUCAUCCAGACAAAACGCCUUGUGGAUGGGGAGGAGACACCCCUCUAUCGGUUGCCUCUGAUGUUACUACCGCCACCGAAACCCCCGACCGUAAUAUCCCCGACGUAUCGAAUAUGGGACUGAUGGCAUUCCAAGCUAAGUAUACGAGCGAAGAUAAUGAGUCCUUCAACAAGGUUCUCGACCAGCAAAAUACAAAGCGACGAGAGAAGUACGCCUGGGUCUGGAACAAUAACAAAAUCCCGACUGCGCGGCAAAUUGCACACCACCAACGAGAGGUGAAGCGCAUCACUGCACAGGGGGGGCCGGAUGCAUGGGAGGCCCGGCCGAAUAAUCCCCUCAUGUUCUUACCGUCAUCUGUCGAAGAUACGCACGAGACGCGACAACAGAAAGCAGAAGCAUCCUCUCGAGCUGGUCCCAAGCGCGUCUUAUAUCAAAAUACACGACUCUUGGAUACCGAGGCGGCAGCGGCAGCGGACGCCUCGCGCAAUGUCCCUCCAUCUCCUUCUAUCUCUGCGAUCCGAGACGCCAUUGCCGGUAAACCCCACCUCGACGCCUCGGAGGCUGGCUCUGUGGUGGCAGGCAGCGAGACACCUCGUAUCAAUGGAUAUGCAUUUGUGGAUGAAGAUGAGCCUGAACCAGCAGGGGAUUCGACGGAUGAGCUGAUGACAACUGACUGGAGUCUCCUCGGGUCUGCCGAUUCCACGCCAAACCCAUUCCAAAUCAGCGAGUCCCGUAAACGUGAGGCCUUGCACCACCGUCUGGUGGAUCGCGUCGCGCGGAACAAACGCACAGAACAAGCCGCCCGUAUCACCAAGACCCCGGUUCCGGCGACCCCCCGUUUUGCCAGCAGUCCUCGGCUCAACUUCGGCCUGCGUGGAUCGACGCCGACAGUGGGAUCCAGUUCAGGGCCACGGAAAAUGCUCACUCCCGCGGCGCAAAAAUUACUGCAUCAAGUCGGUGGCAACACUCCGCGAUCUUCCUCCAACUCCAAGUCCAGUUCCGGGUUAGAAAACAUGUGGACGCCGACGCCUCGAAAGAAAUGA